AUGACAUCUCCUGCACCUCCUACCCCUGUAAGCGAAUUUGAAGAUACAAUCCGGCAGUAUAUUCCAGAGGAGCUGAUUUCUCCGACUUGGAAAUGCCUCGGCGAAGACUUCUCUGUACAACUCCAGUCGCUCUUAGCCGACGAACAAUCUCAACUUGGAAUGGUCGAGUCCGCCGAAAGACUAGAGGACGAUAUCUGUUCCUACUUCGGCUUGCCAAGAAGAAAAUUCGAGGAUCCAUUCAAGAAACUCCCAUACGACUACAAAAACGCUGAUAAAAAGACGUGCAUUUACAAAAGUGAUAUGUAUAAGAUGUUCAUUGCUGCAAGUUUGUGUUGCCCACUUAACUCAUGGGUACGCGAAGUGGUCCGAGUGAUACUGGAUGAGUAUUGGAAGAGGUUUAAAGCUGAAACCAGUGACCACGAAAUGAUUGUCUGCUCGCGUGGCCCGAAUUUUUUGAAUUGGAAAGUCCAAAACGAGAAAAAAGUCAAUGUUUUGACAAAAUACAAUGUGCAACACGCGAACGAAUAUCUCGAAGCGUAUAAGAAGAUGAAACCGGAUGAGGAUCAUACUGCUGAUACCGAACUAGCUAUUGAAUAUAUUGGAUUUGUUAUGGGGAGAGUUGCGAUGUUCACCAGAGACAAUGAUAUCCACAUGCCACCCUUCCAUGUAAUGCAGAAGAAGAAGAAAGCAGUGAUCCGAGUCUUUCAAGUGGGAAAUAAGAAGUUUGUGAUGGCCGAGGAGUGGAGAAAAACUUGUGAGCAACGCGAUAUCGAUAUCAGAUGGCUCAAAAAGGAAUUCAGUGGAAUGCCGGAACUGUCAACAUUUACGUAUGAUAAAGUGGCAGAUACGAUAAAGGGCGUGGCCGAGAUUGUGACGAUUGAGAAGGAGCGUUUGCAGACAUUUCGCCAGACACCGAUACCGUAUGAUGGAGGGUCUUGUAUCCUUGCCGUAGAUGCUCUUUAUGAACUUCUGUUGGAUAUGAUUGUGGUAAAGAAGGUUUUCCAGACAAAUGAAGAGAAUCACCUCGAAAAGUUUUUCGCGUUGAUGGAAUUCUAUUUCGAUGUGAGCAGAGGUGUCUAUUUUCUCUCAUUUGAAAACGUUGAAGUUAUCUGGACGAUGUGGGAGUAUUUCUACAGUCAUCAGAUGAAGAAAUCGAAUGGAAAGGUUAUCAAGAAAGCAAAAACCGCUGGUUUCUUUGUUGGCGAAUUGAAUGAGACACUCAAGUCCUUGGAACUGUGCUUCGAAGACAUUUCAAAGUAUGCGGAUCUCAUAUAUCCCAAGUUGGCUAACGAGAACGGAUUAUCACUAUAUCAGCUUCAAAUGGCAGUGAUCUAUUGUCAAAUCAACUGUUUCGCUCGGAAAGUUCCCAAGAUUUUGGAGUUUAUUCAUAAUCAAAACUCGUGCAACCGAAUGAAUAUCGUUGAAUGUCAGCAUUGUAGUGAUGAAGCGGCCGUCAAAAAGAUGGAGAAUUUGGAAAUCGGCGGGAAGAAGAAGAAUAAGAAGAAGAAGUGA